CAAUCCGUUGUAUCCACUUGACAUGUAAGCAUUUUGUUCAAUCUAAACUUGUCAACCUUUGGCGUGACAAUCUGCAAUAACGUGCUGUUGAGUUUGAAUAUAGUUUUGUUCGGCAUUGAUCAUUCAUUAAACGACUAAAAUGAAGGGAGUCGCGUUUUUCGGGAUUAUAAUAUUUCUCGGUGGUGGAGCCCUUAUCGGGUCUCUGGCCAAUCCAGGAGUUCAAAACGCCUUGGACGACUUUAUCAUGGCCAUCAUCAACAAUUUUAAGAAUGUCAUUGUGGAAGGAAAUGAAUGUCUUGGAAUUCCACCUCUGGAUCCCUUGUUCAUUCCAGGAUUCCCCUUGAAUAUUACCACAGCCUUGUUGAAGAUGAGAGGGGAUAUUUCAAACAUUGACUCCACUGGGUUGAGGACGUUGGAAGUAACAAGUCUUUCUUGCAACAUUAUAACGCUUUCAGUCCAGUUGGUCAUGGACAUGCCGGCAUUUCACAUCGGAGGUUUGUACAAUGUGGAUGGAUUGGCAGCAAUAAUAUUUCCAAUUUAUGGAAAUGGACCCUUCUCUCUGGACCUUGGGAACUUUAAAAUCAGCGGACAAGGUCAGCUUGGGGCCCGUUUGAAUGGUUCUCUGUACAUGAGGCAGUUGGAUUUUACGAUGGAGAUGGAAACAAUGGCCAUCAGAUUCGAGGGAUUGCUAGGAGGCGGCGAAUUGGGCGAAGUCUUGAACCAAAUCAUAAAUGAAAUGGGUCUCACCGUCUACAAUCAAGUUCGAGCCAUUCUUCACGACACCUUGAUGAGAGUCAUGCUUGACUUUAUCAACUUUAGUUUGAAGGACGUUCUAUUGGCUGAUAUAAUUGGAGGAAUCAUUCAGCCACCCGGUCCAGAUCCAGGUCCAGGGUGCGGAAGCACGCCUGCUAUGGCAUUCUAAGAUAACAUCAUUUAAUUAUUAUUAACAAUGUACAUAAUGAUUCCGACAUUUACCAGUUAUGCAAAAUAAAAAAAAAACAUGUAAUCGAGA